CGGGAGCCAGCUGGACGAGCGGCGUCGGGGCGGCUGGACAGACCGGACGCCGGUCAGCAGCGCAGAGUCCUCUCAGCAGUCCGCACCGACCAGCAGCUCACCAGCGGGUCACCAUCCAUUUGGGAGGAGCGCUCUGUGCCGCCGCUGCAGUCCGGAGGUGCGCCCAGUGCCGCCGCUGCAGUUCAGAGGUGCGCCUGCAGCGCUGUCGCCGCGCGACGCCCACCAUGGCGCCGUCGCCGCUGCUGCUGCCGCUGCUGCUCCUACUGCUGUCCUCCGGCUGCCAAGGCCGCAGCAACGGAGCACCCAAUGACGCGUGUGAGGACAUGACGCCGCGUCACCAGGGCAUCCGGCCGCAGGCGCCAGAGAGCUUCCCCUACCAGCUGCAAGUCACGCCGAGGACCGUCCAGCCGGGAGGCAGGGUGACCCUAACCAUCAGGCCGAGCGACUCUUCCACGGCCGACAUCGAGGGCUUCUUCGUGCAGGCGCGGAACGCGAACACGGUCAGCGCCGCGCCACUGGGCCAGUUCGUCGAGAUCGACGAUCAGCAGCGCGCCGUCGACUGCGGCGGCACCGCGACGGCCGUCACCCAUAGCAACAGCGGCCCCAAGCAGCGCGUCGCCGUCACCUGGCAGGCGCCGGCCGGCCUGGACAGCGACGUCGUCUUCCUAGUGACGGUCGUGCAGGAGCUGGAUACGUUCUGGGCCAAGAUGCGCUCAGACGUAGUCACCCUGAGCGAGGGGGGCGAGCCGCAGCCGGAGCCCACCUCGGAGCCGGAGCCGGAGCCCACCUCGGAGCCGGAGCCGGAGCCGACCGCGGAGCCAGAGCCGGAGCCGGAGUCGGAGCCGGAGCCGGAGCCCGGCGAUGCGCAUGACGAUCACGAUCACCACGAUCACGAUCAUGACGAUCACGGUGAUGAUGACGACAGCUCGGCGGCGUCCGUGCGCGCCGGCCUGGCCGUGGCGCUGGCCCCGCUGCUGGUUGCUGCGAUCCACCGCCUUCACUAGACCGCCGGGGGGACGCGUGCGCGUCCGCGGGGCGUCCGUCCACCGGCGGAGGUGGAUACGAGAUGGGUCCAACGGCUCCGCGGACCGGUCAUCGCCUGAUUGCACUUUCUUCCGUCCAGUCUUUACCGCGAUAUGGAUGAGUACCUAACUGUAGGGCGGUUCGCUCGCCAUGGGUGUACCGUCUCGUUUGUUUGUUUUGUUGGGUUAGGCCCUUUCGGUCGACAAGACCAUUGCAGAGCCGGAAGGAUGAUAGGAAUUAGGGGGAGACAUUGGUCUGGGCAGGCACCCUAGUGAGUCGCCGGGGCUGAGCCCGUCCAGAGGACAGGCCACCCAGCCCCAAGGCACUCACUGCACCCGGCUACGGGGUGCGCUCCCUCGGGAGCAGCGGUGCCGCUCCAAGGGAGCAGCCCGCAUGCAUGCGGGCUGAGAUAAAGUUGCUUGCCCAGCCCGGAAGGGGGUUGUGGCGUGGAGGAAAAGGAUUUCAGUAUCCUGAGGAUAGAAGCACGGACAGGUGUACCGUCUCGUGCUUGCAGUGGCUAUCACUAGGUAUAUGGCAUGCUGUUCGCUGCUCGUUUCAGAGCCGAUUGUGGACGGUGUACCAGCGCCCUUCAAGAACUGAACCAGCUUAGCACAGUGUAUCUGGGGACUAUAACCUGGCGACUGGAUAAUUGCACACAGUGAGAGAAUAUGUUUUAAAAUGAAGUGAUUUAGUGUGUCGGUUCAGUGUUUCCUAUAUAACAAUUUCCGACUUGUUAGACACCUUUUUUAUUGUAGAUAAUACGUCAGCGCACUGCAGGCAUCGGUGUGCCAGUUGUCGUGAAAUGUGCUUGUAUGACAUGAUCAUUUCAUUGCAUGCCAAGGAGUAAGGAUGUCAUCCUUUACAUAUGGUGUUUGAUACGAUGCUGCAUAUUUAACGUCUGUGUAUAUAAACUACAGAAACCUU